AUGUAUGUGCCUAAAACCCAUGGAGGUUUGGGAUUACCAAACUUCCUCCACUACUAUCACACAGCCCAGUUAGCACAGGUGCAACAGUGGCACACACUACCUGAAAGCAAGCGAUGGGUAGACCUUGAACAUGCCAUCCUGGGGUGAGAACACCCAUCACAAUAUAUGUGGAGACCGAGGACCCCCAGGCCCUCCCCCCACCCACCUCACCAGCCAUAACUCAUUCCCUGGACCUGUGGGAGAAACUCAAACUUAUUUUCGAGUUCACCUCUUUCCUAUCGCCGCUAACGCCAAUUCUCUGCAAUAAGUUAUUCCCACUCUUUUGAGCAAUAUCUAUAACCUUUGUAACUCUCAAUCCAUUGAAUACAUGAACCUCCCUGACAGAGACAAAAAACGCACUACAGGGGGGCGUGGCCUGACCUAGGAUGGAGUGAGACGCACGGUGCCUGUGCUCCUAGGCCUCACCCUGUAUAGCCCGUAAUUUACAGCAUCCAGACCUGUACAAACCCUUCUAGGAUGGGGAAAACUAAGCGGGCACUCAGUGCUGGACAGCCCGGGGGGGCUCUGUUGCGGUCCCAGACCGGCCCGAUGGAUGACUACCUUGCAGGGCCGCCGGGUCUGUCGGACGCCAUUGAUCUGCCGAUUCCCGCCUCACCCAGCUCCAGCAUGGCCGGCUCAUCUCGUGGCACUAAUGAGCCGGCUGCCCUCUCCCAAAUCUCAUUAGACAUUGCUGCCAUCUCGUCCAGCAUGCUCACCAGGUGGGACAGGUCUGAAAUGGUGGCUGAGCUGCGGGCGGUGAUCAGAGAGGAGAUUGCCGCAGUGCGUGCGGAUCUCACCGCCCUGGAACACCGCGUGGAUGCCCUGGAUGCCGAGCACCUUCAGACCACCCAUCGGCAACAGGCUGCGGACCUUGCGACCACCAGGCAGGGGAACCUGCUCCUAGCCCUCCGCCGGCAGGUCGAAGACCUCGACAAUAGGGGCCGGCGGAACAACAUUAGGAUCCGGGGGCUGCCUGAGGCUGAAGGGGAGCUGCCACAUGAGCUACUCACCUGCCUGUUUUCGCAACUGUUGGGGGAGGCAGCACCAGACGAUUUUGGCAUUGAGCGGGCGCAUAGGGCUCUGUGGGCGCCCCGGCGUGAUGGGAUGCCGAGGGACUUGAUCUGCGCCCUGACGUCCUUCCCGCUCAAGGAAGAGCUGAUGAAGGCCGCGCGUUCCCGCCCUGAUCUCCGCUACAUGGACGCCCCGGUGGCCCUGUACCACGACCUGUCGCAGACAACUCUGGAUACCCGGCGGGCCUUGCGGCCGCUUACCCGCCUGCUCCAGGAAAGAAGAAUCCCGUACAAGUGGGGUUUUCCCUUUAGCCUGCAGGCCCGGGUGGGCAAUAUGUGGUAUGUGCUCCUUUGGCCCAACGAUGUCCCCCGAUUCCUCCGGAAUGCUGGCCUUCCCCAUAUCGCUGUCCCGAACUGGAUUUUGGGGGAGCCCCCGGCUUGGGCGUCGGGCCCUGACGAGGCUGCACACAACCUUCAUCCGGAUUCUGAGCUACCACGACGCAGAGGAGGGCCGAAUGGCCCAGAAGAGUAG